AUGCUCCUUGAGAAAUUUGAUGGGCCAUCGAGUUUUCCACAACCAAUGCACUUGUGUUGUGAUAACUGUGCAGCUGAGUGCAAGUGUAGUUCAUUAGACUGUGGAAAACUGACAACCUUUCCUGGGAUCAGUAAUGAAGGAAAAGAGGAUACCCCAACAAGGAAAAGACAAAGCACAACACAACAAAGGGACAUCCUUUAUGAAAAGCUUCAUGCUUAUCACAAGGUACUGGUUUAUGAAUUGAUAAACAAGUCUGAAAGUGGUCAACUGAAAACCCUUACAAAUCCCCAGUUUCUUUUGGGAUUUACUGAACUUCAGAUUUCCCAAGUUAUGGACAAUGCAGAGAAGAUUUUUAGCAUUGAUGAUGUAUAUUUUUUUUGUAGAAAUAUGGAAUUUGAAGCAUGCACAUAA